AUGGCUGCCAGCCUAGGGGAAACAAAGUCUCCAGGAGCCCCCCAUGACAGGAAGCCCAAGGCCACACCGAGUUCCCAGUCCCUGCAGAGGAGGACACCUGUGUCAGUGGCAGCCCCCUGCCCACCAGCCCCCUGCAUCCUGACCCAGGUGCUGGGAAGAGGCCAUUUCCAGAAGGUGAGGGAUUCUCUGAGCCUGUGUGCUGGGGUGCCCCUGGAGCUGCGCUGUCGGGGAAAGGAAGUUUGCUGGAGGGUGCCCCUGAACUUGGAGGAAGGGAGCGAAGGGCACCUGAGGAUCAGGCACCUGGAUCAGUACAGCCAGCUGCAACUGGGCAACUCCACGUGGGCUGACACAGGAGAGUACAGCUGCUGGGCACAGGUCGGUGAGGGCCACGUGUGUGCUAAUGGCAAGGACCUGCAGGCUAGCAUCUUCAUCUUCUUCACAGAUCCCCAGGAGCUCUUCGUCCCCACAGACAACUACUACAAAGUGGUACAGCUAUGCAGCCACCAACCGGCCCUGCUUCCCUGUCAGGUGACCAGCCCACUGGCCCAGGUGACGCUACACCGGGAAUUCCCCCCAGAGGAGAUCCCAGUGGAUGGGACAGACAUCUCCUUCAAUGUGAAGAAGGGCUUCACCAUCCAUCGGCCCCAUGCCUCCAUGGCAGGCUCCCUCUUCUCCCUGGCCAGCCUGGGCAGUGUGCAACAGAUCUCCACCAAAUACAUGCUCCUCUAUAUCAACUAUCCCUUUUCCAUGCCCACACCCCGAAUCCGAGCCUCAGCAGCAUGGGUGACACUGGGUGAAGACUUCACUGUGACUUGCAUGGCUCUGGGUGAGCCAGAGAUUGCUGUGGACUUCAGCUGGGACUACCCAGGCCAGAAGCUGGGCCGUCCCCUCUAUACCAGUGAGUGGAGCCGUGUGCAGCGCCAGCGAGGCCAGGCACAGCAGGAGGUGGGGAGCACCCUCUAUGUGGAGGAUGCCCGUGCCGGGGAUGCUAGCACCUAUACCUGCCGGGCCACCAACCUGCAGGGCACAGGGACCGCCACCAUCCAUGUCCAAGUGACCCGAACUCACCAUGUCCCCACCACUCACUCUUAG